CGCCGGCCGCUCCGGGUGUGCGGAGCCGGAACGCCUUUCUGGGGCGGAGAGUCAACCCGCGCCCUCAGGCGCGGCCUCUCCGAUGCCCGUGGGCUGCAAAAUGCCGGUGCUCCCAGCUGGUUAAGCCGGAGCGCCCAGGCAAGAAUCCGCAGCCCCUCUGCUUUCCAGUCAAGGGUUAAGGCGAAGGAAUCCGGGCUGCUAGAGGGACACCUUCCUGCCCCGGGGGCGGCGGGGGUGGGGGGCUUCCACUGAUUUCCCCCACACAGGAUCGGGGAGAAGACCUGGCUGCCGGCCAGAAGCAUUUAUCUUGGUUGCAGUUCUUUGCCCAAGUGUCAGAAGUUGCGCAUAGACCAACGUGCCUGCUUGGCAGGAUUCAGAAUCCCUUCUAAUCAGAAGGCGCUCCUGGCCUUAAGAAAGACUAUGGCAGAAGGGCAGGGGGAUCCCCACAGCCUUUUAGAGGCUGCCUCGGAGUACACAAUGAAGACGGAAGAGCAAGACGUGGCUGACCCUGAAGCUGAAAAGGCCAUUGCGAUUGGGGGCAGCAGCGGUGGAUUCUGGGGCAGAAGCGUGCAGACGUUUCUGGGAGAGGACGCCAUCAGCUCCGAUGCGCAGCGCCAGCACUUCCGACAGUUCCCCUACCAAGAGCUUGCGGGGCCCCGAGAGGUUUGCAACCAGCUCCAUGACCUCUGCUGCCAGUGGCUGAAGCCAGAAAGGCACACCAAGAAGCAGAUCUUGGACCUGGUGAUCCUGGAGCAGUUCCUGGCCAUCCUGCCUCCCGAGAUUGAAAGCUGGGUCAGAGAAUGCCGCCCCGAGACCAGUUCCCAGGCAGUGGCUCUGACGGAAGGUUUCCUCCUGAGUGAGGCAGAGGAUAGGAAACAGGGAGGGCAGGUUCAGGGGACAACCACAGAUUUCCCAGGGGCAGGAGAGGCUCCGACGCACCCCGGACCGAGGCUGCUCUUCAGCAGAGUGGCCCAGGAGGCUGACCGAGAUGCCAUCUGGAUCAGUGGUGAGAAGACACCAGCAACACAUCCUUGGCCAUCUGUUUAUGAUCCUGUGGACCCAACACCCACACAUCCAGAUCAGAAUCCAGUGUCCUUUGAGGAGGUGGUGGUAUGCUUCACUGAGGAGGAGUGGGCCCUGCUGGAUCCAGGACAAAGAGCCCUGCACAGGGAAGUCAUGGUAGAGAAUUAUGGGAUCGUGGCCUCCUUGGCAGGUGACGGAUGGAAGAGUGAGACUGAAGAAGAUCUAUUCACAGUGUCCUGGGAAUGGGGCAGAUCCAAAGGGGUGAAAAAACAGAGAAGGAAAGCAGAACUGUCCAGGAAGAAUAAGUCCUUUCUUUCUCACCUUGGUGAUUUCCAAGAAAUCCCUGUGCAAGAAAAAAUAGACAAAACCAAAAAAAGAUAUAAGUGUCCUCUGUGUGGGAAAAGCUUUAGUUUUAAGUCAAGGCUUAAUCUUCACUGGAGAAUCCACACUGGGGAGAAACCAUAUAAAUGUUUGGAGUGUGGGAAAAGCUUGUGUAGCAAUGCUAGUCUUCAGACUCAUCUGCGAAUGCACACAGGGGAGAAGCCGUUUGAAUGUUCAGAGUGUGGGAAAAGCUUCAGUCGGAGGCAUAAGCUUAUAAGCCAUCAGAGACUGCACACAGGGGAGAAACCAUAUAAAUGCAUGGAGUGUGGGAAGGGCUUUUGUGAGAUCUCAAGUCUUAAGAGACAUCAGGGAAUCCACACAGGGGAGGACUAUAAAUGUGUGGAGUGUGGAAAGAGUUUCAGCCAGAAGUCAGACCUUAGAAGACAUCAAAGGAUGCACACGGGAGAGAAGCCCUAUAAGUGUCUGGAGUGUGGGAAAAGCUUUACCUGGAGCAAAACCCUCAUCUACCAUCAAAGAAUGCACACAGGCGAGGAGCCGUUCAAGUGCUUGGAAUGUGGAAAGAGUUGCAGCACAGGGUCUGACCUUAGUAGGCAUCAAAGAAUGCACACGGGGGAGAAGCCAUUUAAAUGCUUGGUGUGUGGAAAGACCUUCACUCGGAACAUACAUCUUACUGCACAUCAAAGAAUGCACACAGGGGAGGAACCAUAUAAAUGUUCAGAGUGCGGAAAGAACUUGAGUACCAGCUCUGCCCUCGCUAGACAUCAGAGAAUCCAUACAGGGGAAAAACCAUAUAAAUGCUCAGAGUGUGGGAAGAGUUUCACUUGGAGUACAUCCCUGAGUUCCCAUCAGCGAAUCCAUACAGGGGAGAAACCGUAUAAAUGUCUUGUGUGUGGAAAGAACUUCACUCGGAACACACACCUUGCAUCACAUCAAAGAAUGCAUACAGGGGAGGACUAUAAAUGCUUGGAGUGUGGAAAGAGUUUCAGCCUGAAGUCAGUCCUUAGAGGACACCAACGGAUGCACACAGGAGAGAAGCCCUAUAAAUGCUUGGAUUGUGGGAAAAUCUUCACUUGGAACACAACCCUGAUUAACCAUCGAAGAAUGCACAGAGAUGGGAAGCCAUUUAAGUGCUUGGAAUGUGGAAAGAGCUGCAGUACAGGAUCUGACCUUAGAAGACAUCAAAGAAUGCACACAGGCAAGAAGCCCUAUAAGUGCUUGGAAUGUGGCAAGUGCUUCAGCUGGAAAUCAUACCUGACUGCGCAUCAGAGAAUUCACACAGGGGAGAAACCAUAUAAAUGCCUGCUGUGCGGAAAGAACUUCACUCGGAAAACACAUCUUAAUUCGCAUCAAAGAAUGCACACAGGGGAGAAACCGUAUAAAUGUUUAAAGUGUGGAAAGAGCUUUGCCUGGAGUACAUCCCUGAGUUUACAUCAAAAAAUCCACACAGGGGAGAACUACCAGUGCUUGGAGUGUGGAAAGAGCUUCCGGCUGAGGUCAGUCCUUAGGGAACAUCAAAGGAGGCACACAGGAGAGAAGCCAUAUAAAUGCUAUGAGUGUGGGAAAAGCUUCUCUUCGAACAAAAAUCUGGUUUACCAUCAAAGAAUUCAUACAGGUGAGAAGCCGUUUAAGUGCCUGGAAUGUGGAAAGGGCUGCAGUACAGGAUCAGCCCUUAGGAGACAUCAACAAAUCCACACUGGCGAGAAGCCCUAUAAAUGUUUUGAGUGCGGGAAAAGCUUCACUUGGAACAAAACUCUGAUUUACCAUCAGAGAGUACACACUGGUGAGAAGCCAUUUAAGUGCCUGGAAUGUGGCAAAAACUUCAGCUGGAAAUCAUACCUGACUGCGCAUCAAAGAAUUCACACAGGGGAGAAACCAUAUGAAUGCCUGGUAUGUGGAAAGAACUUCACUCGGAACAUGCAUCUUAAAUCGCAUCAAAGAAUGCACACUGGGGAGAAACCAUAUAAAUGCUCAGAGUGUGGAAAGAGCUUUGCUUGGGGCACAUCCCUGAGUUCACAUCGCCGAAUCCAUACAGGGGCAGACUAUCAGUGCUUAGAGUGUGGGAAGAGUUUCAGUCUGAAGUCAGUAUUCAAAGGACAUCAAAGAAUCCAUACUGGGGAGGAACCGUAUAAAUGCUUGGAGUGCGGAAAGAGCUUGAGCACAAGCUCAGCCCUCACUAGACAUCAAAGAGUGCACACAGGGGAGAAGCCGUUUAAAUGCCUGGUGUGUGGAAAGAACUUCACUCGGAAUAUACACCUUAAAUCACAUCAGAUUAUGCACACAGGGGAGAAACCUUAUAAAUGCUCUGAUUGUGGAAAAAGUUUUGCUUGGAGUUCAUCCCUGAGUUCACAUCAGAAAAUCCACACUGAGGAGAAUCUCAUGAUUCCUAAAACCUCCCACGGGGUGGAAGGCAUUUCAGAUGUAGUGGAAAUCAUCAUAUAAAAAACCCAACAAAAGCAGUUAAAGUUUUUCUAAGCAGUCAAAACUUAAUUGCCAUGACUGAGGAGGAGGGGGGGAGGAGUCCACUGCUAGUUUCCCUCAAUUGUAAGGUGUCUCUCUAAAAGAAAAGACUCUCUGUUCUAAGUUAGAAACAAAUAGAUCUUGUGGGGUGAAUGAGAGAAAGUUACAACAGCAACAUGCCAGUUCACCAGACAUGGAUUUUGAUAAGAUCUAUGCUGUUUUUAGGUAACAGAAAUGAGAGCAUGUGAGACAUCACACACUAAAGAGAUAUUACAAAACUGGAGUGUAUAUCCUGUUAGAGAGUUUACCCUUAGCUAGUAGAUUGUCAAGAAUGAGAAUUUUUUAUAUAUAUAUUUGCCUAAUCUUCAAAUUUUGAUAAAAAUUCUCAAAAAUGUGUCUUGUGUGACUCAUUCCAGCUUCAUUUUAAUAUUGGACAGGAUUGAUAAAUUGUUUGGGAAGAGUUUUGUUUGUUUACUUCUUAAUUUGGUUCUUAAUUUCCUUGCAGCUUCAUCGUAGCAGCUUUUUCUCUGUCCUUGAAUUGACUUUAACUUGUUCAGUCCUCCACAGGUGUUGAGGCAUACUUAGUCUGCAUCGUGCAUUUAAGUUUCCCUCUUGCUUAAUUUUCAAAGCCAUAUUUUUCUGCAUAAAAGGAUUCCCAUUGUCUAUCUGCUUGUGUUGCUUUGGGGCCUGGAUACAGCAAUGAGUUUUCUUUCCUUGAUUUAAUGAUGUCCUAUUCUCUGCUAUAAAUCUAGCUGUUGGUUUAAAAAGACAGCAUUUUCUCGAUGCUUUGUGGAAAUCAUGUAGUUCUCUGCCAUGCAAAUUAGCUAGUUCUAAAAUAGAAGUUUUAUAGAAAAGAGACUUUAAGUGGCAUCUCAAAUGACAAGUUCUUGGUGUGCCAAAAAUAUAGACUCCUAGAGAAUGAUUGGCUCUCUUUUUCCAUCUCAAGGAAAGCCUCUAAACUGAGAACAAGUAUAACAUGGUGGGAAAAAGGCAGAGCUGUAAACCAGGAUUUCCCGGUUUCAAUUUCACUUCAGCUAUGCACUCAUUUGCCAUGGGAAAACUACCCUCUGUUGUCCUUAGACAUCUCCCACAUCUGUUGUAUGGGGAGGAUAAUACUGGCCUACCUUACAGGGCUGUUGUAAGGAUUAUGGUAUAUAUGAGGAGCUUUGAAAGCACUAUAUAAAUGGUAAAUAUUGCUAUUACAGUGUAUUCUUUCAGACCUUGAAUUGAGGGCAUGUUUGGUUCUCUUCUUGGUGUUAGCUCUGUGUGAUGUUUUAUUAAACAAUG